AUGAUUUCUUUUCAUCAUAUUGGGGUCGCUCUGGCGUUGGCGACGUCAGUGAUGGCAUCUGGCUUUCAGCCUAAAUACCUUGUUGAUCCCCAGACAGUGAAGAGCUGCACUUGGUUUUUUGAUAAUGGCGGGUCAGAAGCAGUGGCCUGCGCGAACGUUCCUGCUGCCAAUGACUGCACCAUGGAACAGUUCUUGUACUGGAAUCCAUCUAUCGGUUCCAACUGUGGCAAUUUCCCUAUCAAUCAGUCAUACUGCGUCGAAGGACCAGCACUACCUGUUUCAACGCCCCCAACAUCAACUACGCUGGUCACGACCACUAGCACCAAUACUGGCAACGGCGUCCAAACGCCUACGCCUACGCAGCCUGACAUGGCUCGCAACUGCAACAAAUUUCACUAUAUCUACAAAGGCAACACCUGCGGCCAAAUCACCUCUUAUAAUGGCAUUACUCAGGAACAGUUUGCUCGAUGGAAUCCUCAGAUUGGACAGCAAUGUACGGGUUUACUAUCUGACGCCUACGCCUGUGUUGGUGUUAUAGGCGAGGAACCCGCACCUACCACUACGUCCACGGCACCCACCGGCAGUCAGACACCGCAGCCCACACAGCCAGGCAUGGUGGAUAACUGCAACAAAUUUCAUUAUAUCUACAAAGGCAAUACCUGCGGCCAAAUCACCUCUUAUAAUGGCAUUACUCAGGAACAGUUUGCUCGAUGGAAUCCUCAGAUCGGACAGCAAUGUACGGGUUUGUUAGCUGAUGCCUAUGCCUGUGUUGGUGUCAUUGGCGAAAAACCUCUCCCCACGUCCACGACUCCAUCCAAUGGCAUCCAGACGCCGCAACCUACGCAGCCAGGCAUGGUGACCUACUGCAAACAAUUUCACUACAUCUAUAAGGGCAAUACUUGCGAUCAAAUCACAUCAUACCACCACAUAUCUCAGCAGGACUUUUCCACUUGGAACGCGCAAAUUGGGGCGCGGUGCGAGGGUCUCUGGGCAGACGCGUACGCUUGUGUCGGCGUUUAA